AUGAAUGCCUAAUUCUAAACUAAUUAUGACACAAGGGUAACUUUUAUUCCUUAGAAAAAGAAAGAGUUUUAAUAUAACACUAAAUAACCAGAAAUAAAUGUCCUUUAAAAUUAUGAAUCUUAAAACAAUAAAAUAGAAUCCAUACCUGGACAUAUUAGAUCCAAAUCAUAUGAACAUGAUUGUUUUACAAAAGCAUAAAAUACUUUUGGAAUUAAUUCUGAUUAAUCAUAACCAUAACCUUUAAAAACAAAGCGAUAACAUAGUAUCUCCUAAAAAGAAAAUGAUCCAGGUUUUAUAUCUCCCAAAUUCAGAUAUGAAAGCUGUGAUGCUCUUGUUACUAGAAAAUCUUAAAAGUAAUCUCUAAUUUACCUUUUAUUUUAGUAGUUUUAUCAAUGAAUUAUAAGAAUGUGUGGAUCUUUCAAAAGUUACUGAAUUAUCUAUGUAAUCCUAAUUGUCUCCAUCCAAAACUUAUAGUGAAUUAUAAAAAAAAAUUGAAUCUAGAGAUAGUUUAAUCGAUGAACUAUAAAAAUAAUUAACUAAUACAUUAAAAAACAUGACUUUAUAGAUAGAUUUACUAAGAAAUGAAAAAAAUAAAGUAAUUUAAUAAUAAAUCAGAUAAAUUGAAAUCUAUGAACAAUAAUUAUAGGAAUGUAGAUAAGAAAUUUAACUUAAAAAUAAAGAUUUAUUUCUAUUAAAAAUAAAUCAAAAGGAUUUUAAAAAAGUUAUCAAAACUAAAUAAGAUAAAAAUUAUAUCAAUUGUAUAGAUAUUAUCUUAUUUUUUAUUAGCUAAUUCUUAGAACUUUUAAUCUAAAAAAGAUUGUAUGUGUUCACAAUUAGAAAGAGAAAAUAAAGCUUUGUUAGCUAAAGUUGAUUAAUUUAGACAAUAACUUCAUGAUCUCAAAUAAAGUCUUGAAUUUAAUAAUCUCUCUAUCAAUAAUCAAAUUUCUGUAAUUGAAAAGUGUGAUUUAACAUAAUUUGAAAAAACAUUUAAACAAUUGGCAGAAGAACUUAAUUUAACUAUUGAAAGCAAAAAUAUUAAUUCAAGCUUUAGUUUACUAAAUCAAGAGGUUAUUGAAGGGGUUAAAACACUCAAAUAAUAGUUUAAAGAAAACGAAAAAUUUAUUAGAUGCUUAAAAGACUUAAUUAUUUAAUGUGCCCCUUAAGAUUAUUUCUGUUAAUCAGAUCCAAGUUUAAAAGAAGUUUGGAAAUUUAUAAAAUAGAUUUUAUAAUCAUAUUUAGAACAUAAAAAAUAAGCAUAAUUAAACGAAGUAAUUUUUCUAUUUAUUUCUAAGGAUAUAGUCUUCACAUUAUGCAAAUAUUUUAGAUGUAAUAAAGGUUAAUUGAAUCAUAAAGGAGCCUGUCUAAUAGUUGAUUAAGAAGUUUAUUAAAGAAUAGUUGAUAAAAUUAAAAGAAUAUUAAAUUUAACUAAUUUAACAAAUAUUAGAGAACUUGAUAGAAAAUUAGAUUAUUAUCUAUAAUGA